CCCUACUGGAAUUGCCAAUUUCUAUCUCAGCCUAAAGUAUCUACAUGGUAUGUUCGCAAUUCUACAGGGUUGGUUCACAAUUGCGAAACAUCUCUUCCUCAACGCAUGAGGUAUGUGGAGCUCAAUGAAGACACACAAGGAAUUAUUGUUGCUUGUGCUAUAGAUGGUUUCGUGAGCCUUGAAGCCUGUGGUCGCGGUAGUAAACCAUACAACUAUGCUCGAGUUACGCACGGAUUUUCAGAUCGCACUGUAUACACUUUUAUGCCUCUUCAUAAGGGCGACUUCAUUGCUGCUGCAUGGAUUCGUGAGCCGAAACAUGAUGUAAGCAGUCGCCAGUCUGUUCUUGUGUUGAACACAUCCUUCCAGCGUACCUGUACCUUUGGGCAUUAUGUGCCGACGGAAAGGGAGCAUCGAUACCGGUUUGAACCUCUCCUUAAACAAAACGCCUAUCGAAUCACCGGUUUCUGCUAUAACGACGACGCGGUCUUAUUCUCAGGACGACUAAAGAUUGGUGUUACCUACGAAGGGAAGGCAAUUGGAUCGCUAACCACUCCACCUCUUCAAGCCGCGUAUACUAUGCCUAAACCUUGGAUACCGCAAUGGUGGGCGUCUUCUCCAUCUCUCGCUGGAGCAAGUAAAAGACGGGGUUGGAACGUCUCUUCUGCAUCUCUUGCUAGAGCAAAUCACGUACGGAUGUUUGUAAACAAUAAAAAAUCUCACAAACCGACCAUGGGAAUGCUGCUCUCUUAUGAAGAUCACCAGGAAUCAUUAGGGCAGUACAGAUUCGAUUGCGAUGUGGAGGAUUAUGAUCUGACAGGACCCAUGUGUUUCUUUUCUGGAGAGACUAUACUUGGCCCAUACAUAAAGAUCAUUUGCAAUAGCGAGGAGAAGCCAGGUUGGACAGAAAUUCCUCGGGCGGCAAAGCUCGUCUGGUGGUUCACGGAUGUUUGUUCGCAGCUAGAUGUCCUUACAAUGUAGUCUGGGGCACAUGGGCAUGAUCCUAAUAUAGUUUUUCGAGUUGAGCUCAUCUAGAUUGAUAACGCCACAAGGCACAAAUAUCAUUGAUGAUAAAUGGCAAGUUUAUGCAUAGCGUUUCCUGUUAAGAAUACUGCAUCACGCUUGCUGUCACAAGACGUAUGUUUUAGGAAGGCUUGCCUUACCAGUCCCAUGCGCA